GGGGCAGAAUCCACUACAACUCGGUAAGGAAUCGGGUUUGACCAGGUUUUCUCGUUCCCAACAGACAACACUGUCUCCUCCGUGUGGCCUGAUCAACCUCGAGCGCUUGUUAGACUGGCAGAGUCCGUCGCCAGAUCAUGGCUCAGUACUUGCGGGGGACGGCUGCAGUGGCGGUAAUUCGACUGUGCAAUCCUCCCCUCAACACGCUCAGCCCUGCAACAUUAAGGGCUUUAGAACGAGAUGUGAAUCAUGUAAAUACUGAUCCCGCUGUGAAAGCUGCUGUGAUUUGUGGAGAAAAUGGGAAAUUCAGUGCAGGUGCUGACAUUAAAGGAUUUCCCAGCAUAGGUCAAGGAGACAUGCCUAGUUUGGAAUCGGUCAUUUCUUUGAUAGAAAAGAGUGAAAAGCCAAUGGUGGCUGCUAUUGAAGACAUGGCUUAUGGAGGAGGUCUAGAGGUGGCACUCGGCUGUCAUUACAGGAUUGCAAAUGUGCAGGCUCGGGUAGCUUUGCCUGAGGUCACAAUAGGCUUACUUCCUGGUGCUGGUGGGACUCAACGGCUUCCCAGGCUUAUUGGAGUACCAGCUGCACUUGAUAUCAUCACCACAGGAAGACAUGUGCCAGCGACUGAAGCCCUGAAACUGGGGAUCUUAGAUGAGCUUGUGGAAGGAAACACAGUUGAAGCAGCCAUAAACUUAGCAGAAAGAGUAUCAGGACAACCACUGGAACCUCGCAGGCUCUGCCUGAAACAGACUCCCAGGCUACCCAACAUGGAAGCCAUACUUGAUGAGGCUUUUAUGAAGGUGAAGAAACAGGCCAAUGGAUGCCUUUCACCAGAAAUGUGUUUCCAAGCUGUAAAAGCUUCUGUGUACUUUCCCUUUUCGGAAGGAAUUCGCAAAGAGAGAGAACUUUUUCAUUUCCUCUUGACUUCAGGCCAGGCUACGGCAUUGCAAUAUGCCUUCUUUGCACAAAGAUUGGCAGAGAAGUGGGCAUUGCUCAGUGGAGCAUCUUGGAAAACUGCAGUUCCACAGCCGGUCCGGAGAGCAGCUGUGAUAGGGUUGGGGACGAUGGGACAAGGCAUCGUGGCAUCUCUGGUCAAAGCUAAAAUUCCUGUUGUGGCUCUUGAACAGGAUAAAAAGCAAUUGGAGCAGGCAAGAGAAGCUGUAAUGGCUCUUUUAGAACAGGAAGCUUUAAGAAUGCAACAGAAUGGCCAAAAACCAGAUGGCUGUAAGCCUGAUUUGCCUCAAUUCACACUGGAUUUUGGUGCACUGAAGAAUGUAGACAUGGUUAUUGAGGCUGUGUUUGAGGAUAUGGCUCUGAAGAAGGAAAUCUUCCACAAGUUAUCCAUAGUCUGCAAACCUGAGGCCUUUCUGUGCACUAAUACCUCUUACCUUGAUAUUGAUGAGAUUGCUUCUGUCACAAGCCACCCUCACCAAGUUAUUGGCACUCAUUUCUUCUCACCGGCUCAUAGAAUGAAGCUACUAGAGAUAAUCUAUGGUCAGCAAACAUCCCCUACUGCCAUUGCCACAGCCAUGAGACUUGGCAAAGCUAUGGGAAAAAUUGGAGUUGUGGUAGGGAAUUGUUUUGGUUUUGUGGGGAACCGAAUGUUGAAUCCUUACAUUGAGCAAACGUAUUUCCUCUUGGAAGAGGGCAGUACUCCAGAGGAAGUAGACAAGGCUCUGCAGGGAUUUGGUUUCAAAAUGGGUCCCUUUCGUGUAUCAGAUCUUGCUGGUCUUGAUGUGGGCUGGAGAUCUAGGAAAGGGCAAGGCCUGACUGGAGCCAACCUACCUCCUGGCACACCUCCUCACCAACGAGAUGGCAAACGAUAUAGCCCACUUCCUGAUAUCUUGUGUGAGAAGGGAAGAUUUGGCCAGAAAACUGGAAAGGGUUGGUACCAAUAUGAUAAACCUGGGGGAAGGGUAGCAAAGUCAGAUCCAUGGCUUCAUAGUUUUCUUCCUGAGUAUAGAAGUGCUCACAAUAUUAUAACACGGACCAUCAGCCAAGAUGAGAUCUUGGAACGUUGUCUGUAUUCCCUUGCCAAUGAGGGUUUCCGGAUAUUAUCUGAUGGAAUAGCUUCUUGUCCAGAAGCUAUUGAUACCAUCUAUAUCAAUGGCUAUGGCUGGCCCAGACAUAGAGGUGGUCCUAUGUUCCAUGCUUCUGAGGUUGGGUUGCCUAGGAUUCUAGCAAAAUUGAGUAAGUAUGCCGAGGCUAAUCCUGACAUACCCAAACUACAGCCCAGUGCAUUCCUGCAGAAGCUUGUAGCCUUGGGCAGUCCUCCUCUGAAGGAGUGGUCAUCACAUGUGGGAUCUCAGAACAGCAAUUUGUAAUUGCACUGCAAGCAGUCUUUUCCCCCCGUCAAACAUUUUGACUGCUUCAGUCCAAAUGAAAGCAUAGCACAUUAUAGAACAAUGUCACUGUUUCUUCUGAUUCCAGUAAAAUGUACACAUACAUGUUUCCUGUCUCUGUGAAUUAAAGAUUGCUGUUCACAAGGUGUUUUUUUAAACAUACCACUUAUUGAAAUGGUACCUGAGGAUCUCACUUGAGAACUUAGACUGCCUCAUCUAAUGAAGCUGUCCAACCUCUGCAUGAUAUCUUCAUGGAACCUGGCCAAACAGCUCAGAAUGGAAAAGACAGGUGAGGGAGAAGUCACAGAGCUUGAAAAAUACAGUGGACAGACCAGCCUGACUUUCUACAUCCAUUCUUAUUCCUCCAUUGCUAUGUUGCCCACAUUAGAUCAGCCUUAUGAUUUAGCAGCCAGAUAUCGGAGAUAUUUCUGAGAAAUUGUUUCCAUCAGAAGAUGCCUGUAUGUUAAAAGGCAUCUUGAAUUUCUCAUAAGAACAAAAAAGAGCCCUGCUGAAUCAGGCCAAAGGCCCAUCUAGUCCAGCAUACUGUUCUCACAGUGGCCAAGCAAAUGGGUGUGGGAAGCCCAACAGAGAAUCUCAAUUUCACCUGCUUAUGAUAACUAUCAUAAUGACCCUUUCUGUUCCACAAUUAAUCUACAAUUAAAGUAAAAAUAGUCCACUUCAAAAUUAAAAUGCUGUGAAGUGGAUAAAAUCUCCAGUGGCUGCAGGAAAGAACUCUCUGCUUUAGAGAAUUCUGUUCCACCAUCUUGCCUGCAGAUGGUGACUGGUGAAUCAUGGCAACUAAUGUUUCAAAUAAUAUUCAGUCUAGGAUAAGCAAAUGCCUCAUUCUUGCUCUCCGUCUUUUCUCCUUUCCAAAGCUGUGCAAUAUCCAAUUUCAUCAGCCUGUUUGCCUUACAUGUUAUGCACUUUCUAUACCAGCAAGUACAGAAGAAGUGCCUUGAGCAGCAUACUGGUUUUAGGGCCUGCUGGAAACCAUGUAUCUCAGGGAUUCCACAGGCACCAAUGGUGCUGGCAAAGAAGGCAUCCAAAAAGGAGAAAAUGAGAGUGCUGCACCAACCUUAGUUUUAGUUUUUUAGCUUUUUAGCAUUUUACUAUUUCAGCUUUUAAUAUUUAAUAUGCAUUUGUAUGUGUAUACAUAUGCUUUAAUUUUUGAUAUCAUUAAUGUAUGCUUAAAUUGCUUGAUAUGUGGUUUUAAUUGUAUAUCAGAUGUUUUACUUGUUGUGAACCGCCCAGAGAGCUUCGGCUAUGGGGCGGUAUAUAAAUUGAAUUAAUAAAUAAUAAAUAAAUUGAAUAAAUAAAUAAACCUCUGAUCUAAAUUGCAAUGGUGAGGCCAUAAGAUUGCCCAGACUUUCCUUCUGAGAGUAAUUAUUUCUAGAAUCCAGUAAAUCAAAAUUAUCUGAGAUUCAGCAACUUUUUCCCUCUCUAAAUAAAACAAUUUUAAUUAUA